CGCUGUUCCCAAUGGUAUGUGCCUGAUUCAACCUUCUGAUCCCCCUUGCCCAGUUUGCUUCUCGUCAUUGUCUGUGCCUCCCGAACGCAACCCUAACUACAGGUGCAAUACUUCCCUUCUUAUUGAUUAUUGCCAGAAUGAUGGUGAACACAAUUAUAUAUUGAUUGAUGUUGGGAAGACAUUUAGGGAACAAGUCCUUCGGUGGUUUACUUUACAUAAGAUACCUCGUGUGGAUUCGGAAUGCAUGCAUGCGCACACUGGAAUCAAUAAUUGCAUGAACUCACUUACUAGGAGAACU